AUGAAUUCAAUAGAGCCAAUUUUCAACACUGCGAUACGCUUUCUUUUCAUCCUAGGAGGCCACUUGAAUCCGGCCGCUCAGAGGCCACCUGCUUUGUUUCAGGUACACUGUCGAUCACUAUUUUGGAUAGCGUACGUGAUGGACAACGAACUUUGCCUAAGGACAUGUCGGCCGCCAGCAAUUUGCGUUGAUUACUGCGACUUGACUUUCCCGAGUACAAGCGAAAUUGCUAUCGAAUUCUGCGUUGCCGAUCUAAAGAUCCCAUCCAUCCAGAUACUUCCUUACUUUUUUCCCACCGACCUGAGGCUGGCUUCAAUUCAAUCCAGAAUUAGCAAGGCGCUCCAUUCUCCUCAAGCAGCAUCGAAAUCAGAUGCGGAAAUUUUGAAGACAAUUCGCGAAUUGGAUGAGGCAAUUGAUGACUGGUACAAAAACCUGCAUCUAUCAUAUGACCACUCAACCGUCCCCGCCCAAGAUAUAAUGACCCGAGAGGAGGCCUUCGGGUCUCAAUUCAUGCUACAUAUUCAGCAUAAAUACUGCAUUGUUGCUGUUCAUCAAAUGAGCACCGGGUGUCGGGCAUGGAUUGCCGAUACAAGCAGCCAAGCCUUAGGCAUAAGGUUGAGCUUAGAGGUUGCGGCUAACGCAAGCCGUGGUCUACUUGAACAAUUCCUCGGUGUAAAGGCCUUAUUUCAACAAGGUGGAUUCUGGUAA